CAGACGGAAGGCAAUAUCAGUGUACUAAUUCAAUUUACAUGAUACUAUAUUAAACAAAAAUAAUAUCUGGUUUUACUUAACUCUUUUUUUCUCCUCUGAUCUCUGGAACCCUUUCCUUUACAACCUCUCAUUUAUUUCCUAUAUAAGAAGCAUAUUUCCUAUAUGCUUCUGACUGGUAGACCGACAGAAGCACCCUAACAAACUCACAAGCGGAGUUUGUUAAUUUCUUCAUUCCAACUGUCAUCAGUUAGAAUUAGUUAUAUGCAAACCCAGUCAGUGGAAGGUGGGACUUGCCUUACUCCAAUCACAUCCAGCUUACCUCAUGUUGAUUUUUCAAAUGACAGUUUAUAAUGUUUUAAUCAGACAGAUAAAUCAGCUCAUCAGAAUGGUUAUAAAAUGUCAGAUGAUGACAUUUAUGUACUUAGGCCAGGUUAUUAAUGAAAUUCAGGCCUGCAGAGGCAAAAAUGUUUUAUUAUUUGAGGUUCCUUAGAUCAUUAUUCCAUUCUUCUAUUUUAGUUUCAGUUCUUUUAUCCAUGGUGUCCCUUUGGCUGAUCCUUGUCCAUCUUCCUUAGCCUUCUCUUGUUUCACAUCUCCUAAUUUUCUCUGCCUGCUCUCUUCCCCCAGCUGCAUUUACUUACCUCUGAUUAGUCCCACCAGCCCUUAUCUUCUUGUCUCUGAAUAUAUUAUAGCUUUCUGGUCCGUAUUGUUCUCUGCUGUCCCGUUGUGUCCCGUUGUUGUUGUUGUUAUGCUAGCUGCUAUGAGCUUUGUCCUCUGUGCAGUGUGAUGGUCAACCGCUUCGGCUGCCGCCCUGUGAUGAUGGUGGGAGGCCUCUUUGCCUCUCUGGGAAUGAUCUUGGCCUCCUUCUCCACCAGCAUCAUCCACAUCUACCUCUCUACUGGAGUCAUCACAGGUCUGGGAUUAGCUCUGAACUUCCAGCCAUCUCUCAUCAUGCUCAAUCGGUACUUCAACCUGAAACGUCCUCUGGCCAAUGGGCUUUCUGCUGCUGGGAGCCCCGUGUUCCUCUGCGGCCUCUCGCCUCUGGGUCAGUUUCUUCAGGAUUAUUAUGGAUGGAGGGGAGGCUUCCUCAUUCUUGGUGGGCUUCUGCUGAACUGCUGUGUGUGUGGAGCCCUCAUGAAGCCCCUACAGAAUCUCAAGCCUGCGGAACAGCAACACGACCAGGAGGACAAGAAGAAGAAAGAGAAGCUGCUGGACUUCUCUGUAUUCAAAGACAGGGGGUUUGUCAUCUACACCGUAGCAGCAUCCAUCAUGGUGCUGGGCUUGUUUGUGCCACCUGUGUUUGUUGUGAGUUAUGCCAAGGAGCUGGGGAACGAGGACACCAGUUCUGCGCUGCUGCUCACCAUCCUGGGUUUCAUAGAUAUUUUUGCUCGACCAACCUGUGGUGUGAUUGCCGGACUGAAAUGGGUGCGGCCUCGGUGCGUCUAUUUGUUCAGCUUUGCGAUGCUCUUUAAUGGAACUGCCGACCUGGUUGGCUCACAAGCCAACGACUAUGUGUCUCUGGUUAUUUUCUGCAUCUUCUUCGGGGUCUCCUACGGCAUGGUGGGCGCCCUGCAGUUUGAGGUGCUGAUGGCAAUAGUUGGCACUGAAAAAUUCUCCAGUGCAAUUGGCCUUGUCCUCCUGGCGGAAGCUAUUGCUGUGCUGGUGGGACCACCAAGUGCAGGGCGACUUCUGGACGCUACCAAGAGCUACAUGUACGUCUUCCUGCUGGCAGGAAGUGAGGUAUUGCUCUCAGGAGUGGUUCUGGCUACUUGCAACUUCUUAUUUAUCAAGAAGAAACCCCGUGAACCGGCAGUCUAUCUGAGUGAGACGGUCACACUGGCAGAUGAUGAGACCAACCAGCAUACAAGCAGGGCAGAGGGGCAGCAAAUGACAGAGAAGAAGAAGGUGAUCAAUGAGAACAAGAAUAACGACAACGAUGUCCGACCAAAGAGUGUAGCAGUGGACUCACAGGAGGUGGAGAGGUUCUUAAAGGAGCCGCAGGCUAAUGGUGACAUGGCUGCUUGUCCUGAAACCUGUCUUUAGGUCGAGACGGAGGGUGCAGGUGAAACGUACUAGUUAGCAGCAUACCCAAUCCUAAGCUUUGGCCAUAAUUCAAUGUCUGAGUGAGCAAUGUGUUUAUGUCUGUCACUGAAGUAGCUGUGACUCUGCUACCAUCCAAAUGAUUGUUGGCAAGAAUAGCUGUGUUGGCUUCGUCUUUCCACUCAAUGUUUUAAAGUUUGCCGAAUGGGAAAACUGAGCCGCAGUGCUGCCGUGUGUAUAUAGUUUAUAACAAAUGUUUAAGUUAUUUUUUAUGGAUGUCGCCACCAGCAAAUGAAAUUAAGGGAUAAUUUUGUCAAAAUUCUGCAUUCUAUGCUUUAGCAAAUGACAUAACACAUGAUUAGUACAGAUGAAUGUAAACUCCCCGAAAAAGAAACUCAGUAAAGUUGCAAUAUGUAACUUUUAACAAA